AUCCCUUAAGCAAAUACUACAACUUGGACUGUUCCCUGGCUGUUGGUCUCAGAGAACCCAAACCUACGGGUUUCUUUGUAUGUGGAGGCAAGUUUCUCCAGACCAUUUGGACGCGCACAGGCGUUUUUAAGUGGAUGCCUACUAGGGCCGGCAGACCAAUGGCCUUUAAGGGAAUCCAUCGUCACUAAACUUUCAAAGGCCCGAUUCGCUUGUGGCCGGUGUUUUUUGACAUCCCAUUGUUUGUGCAGAUUGGGAUUCGUGGCAAUCUUUCAUUGCCGUUUCCCCAAAACGACCGACGCCUGUCUAUCCAACAUCUGGUCCACUUACCGUCUGGAAAUUGGCCUGGAAGCAUGGAAGUGCAUAUACUUCGAAAUAUACUGCUAAUAUGUGUUCUGCUUCUCGUAUGCGUACAGCUCAGCUUGCAGCAGAGGGAUUAUAAUGAAUACGACGACAUCGACGACGGACUGACACCAGCUCCUAGGGCACGACGGCCACGACCAGAUCGACAUCGUACAAGCAGUCGGACCAGAGGAAGGGACAACAGCAGGAGGGAGAGAGAGAGGCAAAGAGAAACUGAGAGAAGGGAACGAGAGAGGGAAAUAGAAAGGAGGGAGCAAGAACGACAGCGGUCGAGACAGAGGGUGUUGUACACAACCCAGGGAUUGCUACCCCCAACCACUGAACCAGCCUUCACCACCCCAUCCCCUGUCCCCAGUGGUAGGCUUGACAGUUGUGGGUGUCCAGCCAAUAUUGAAUAUUCCAUCAACAGUCUCAACAACUAUGUUGAGACGUCCACUUCGGACAAGGAACAAACGAAUGACCGGUUGGACAAGAUUGAGAAACAGUUACAAGAGUUGCGUGAACUUGUGGAAAAGGUGGACGAGGAGUCUCAAAAUUGGAAAAAUAGUCUACGAUUCCCCGGACUGAGUGCUCUAAACAGUCCCACCAGCAUCGCCUUUUCUGAUGACGCACCAAGAUCAACGGAAACCUUCAAAGAUUGUCAGGACGUUCUAGAUCGAGGGAACCCCCGGCGGGGGAUCUACCAGAUCAAACCUGAAAGCAGCGCCUACACAUCCCUGGUGUUCUGCCAAGAUGGAUGGACGCUCCUGCAAAGGCGGUACGACGGUCAAACAGACUUCCACAAGAGCUACGACGACUACAUUGAAGGCUUUGGCAACUUCUCUGGAGAGUUCUGGCUGGGCCUUGAGAUCAUGCAUCAGCUGACCAUGGUGGAGCCCUUUGACCUACGAAUCGAUCUUGAGAGCCGAUCAAGCAAGUUCUACUACGCCGUCUACUCUGGCUUCAAGGUCGGCAAUGAAGACGAAGACUACCGACUCGAUUUCACGAACAGAACCAGCGGAAACACCCGAGACGGGCUUCGGCACAACAAAGGUCGUGGGUUCUCUGCUCGGGACCAUGACCGAGACGCAUGGCGCAGUUACAGCUGUGCCAAUCAUUAUCGAUCUGGAUUCUGGCUGGAUCGAUGUGGAUCCGAUCUGAACAGGGAUCCGACUAAAGGUGUAUUCGGUGGUACAAAAUGGGGAGGUCGGUACGUUAAAAGUUCUCUGAUGAGGAUGAAACCGGCAAGAUCAAUGAGGCCGAAAGACUUCAAUGCAUCUCCUUGAAUUAGCACCAAGGAGGUUGAAAAUUGAAACUAUUUUUUAAACAUGUUGACAAUUGUUGAAAUUAAAUGACUGUUCUUUAGCGAUCAUCUUACACUUCAUCUAAUCAAUACUUAUUGUUCCAACUUGACGGCUUUGUAUACACAACGUUGGUCAACCACCAGUGUUCACAGACCGAGAUGUAGCGUGACCCUUGGCUAUUUUAAGUCAUCCAAUGAAAACAGGCCAUGCACUUCUCUCGCGAGAUAAAUAUACCGUACUCCGUGCACAGUCUUGUGAGAACCCUACGGGGCUCAUCUAUAUGCAAUGUGCAAAGUAGUACAUGUUGAACGAGACAUAUGGCCUUACGUGCGAUGUUAUCUAAGCGCUCAUUGGUCACAGCCCUGUCGCGCACUCCGGAAUGUGCCGAAAACAGAGUCAAUGCUGCAAAGCGACCGUAAUUACCCACGGGUGACGAUCGAACGCUGAGUAUACAGAACCGUGAUGUAUUGAAAUCAAAUCUAGUUACCUACAGUCUGCCAACAUAAGGCAGCUUUGUCACAUACGAUAGUAAAUAUAUUUGGCCGUUUAGGUGUAUAAAUCUAGGAAAUGAUUGUAAACUUUGCUGGUAAUUCCCCCAGAAACGGUGAUGUCCCGUUAUUUGCCCUAACUUGGAGGAAGAACUGUUAUAACGCUAUGUGAUCUUGUGUGCACAAUAUAUAGCAAUAGUGGUAUCUAUUCCAUAUCAUUCUUUGUGAUAGAUCUCUGUCAGAGGUCAUUAUAAUAUCGACCAUUACUUUAAGUCCGAUAUGACAAAGCGUAGGACUGUGUUAUGCAUUAUCAACUUGAAUAUGCAAGUGCAAUAAUUAAAGUUGCUAUUUAUGUGA